AUGCCUCCGCGCCGCCGCCCCGCCUCCGGCUACCACGGUCUUCGAGCGCGGCCGAGCGGCCGGUUCGACGCGGAGAUCCGCUCCGGCGAUGAGCGGAUCCGCCUCGGCACCUUUGACACGGCGCACGAGGCGGCGCGGGCGUACGACGCCGUCGCGUGGCGUCUCGGCCGCUCCCGGCGGUCGAUGAAUUUUCACGACGUCUACACGCGGGAGCAGGCGGAUAUGCUCGCGCCACCGCCGCCUGUCAUCACGCAGGAGCAGCAGCGUCGGCAACGGGAGUUGGAGCAGCGCCUCCUCAUCGCAGAGCGCGACGAGGCGCUGCGUCUCGAGUGGGCGCGCCGCUUCCCCGAAAACGUCGCCGCCACGGAGGCCUUCUACGCGCAGAAGGAGGAGGAGAAGCCGGUGGCGGCAUGUUGCCACGUCAGCGUGCCGCCACAGCCGGUGGCGGCAGGGCCCACCACCUGGCGUUUGUCCAACGUGCCGCCACCACUCACGGCGGCAAGUCCUGCCGCCACCGGCUACGGCGGCAUGUGCGACGUGUCGCUUGGCCAGCGUGCCGCCACAGUAGUUUUGACAUUUGCACUCAGAGGUGGUCUUUUCUGGCAUUUCAUUGGGGCUGGUGGUCUGAUCUGUUAA